GGAAGGUCCGGAUGAUCAAGCGAUCCUGCAUUAACUUCCUACUGUACCUCAAUCUCGUACACCUGUCUCAUGAUAAUAGGACCUUCUCACUUUUCACCUUUCAACUUUCAACUCCAAAUCGUACACGUAGUUAUUUCCUAGUCCGAACAGGGCAAUAAUUACAGCUCUUUGUCGAGCAGGACGGACCCUUUACAUCUCGUUCCGUUCCGCUUCGGACAAUCUUGUCAAAUGAGUCAAUGGAACGAAGACAACGAGUCAGUUACUGGUAGCGGUUCAUUUCUUAGCGACGUAUAAGAAACUACUUUAAUGGCAGUUGAAUAUGUUCGAAUGCUUAUAACGUAACAUCGUCUUUCAAGUUCUAGGUCGACAACUGGGUGUACGAUGCCCGCUUUCCAGGUAGACCUAGAGCAGAGGGAGUCCGCUGAGCAGUCGCCGGCGCCCACCAUGGCGCCACCAGCAGAUCAAUUCCACAACAGCAGCGCUUUAAGGAGGAAGCAAUCGGAGGAAAGUAUCAGUACCGAAUUAUGCGAAGGUCCGAUACCAGACAGUCCAGCACCUCAAACGCCAGAGCAAAAUUCACCGACCGAGUGCUCCGACAGAUCGGAACUGAUCGAGCGAUUAAAGAGAGGCGAGAGUCCAACUUGGAGGCCAAGUCGACAUUUCGGAUCGAUAUGGGGUCAACAGCCAGCAUCUCCUACUCGAAGUCCAAAACACUCGGCGGCAGAUUCACCGAUUCUACUACCUUCAGCUACAAUAACCCCGGAGCGGCAAAGCACCGACUCGAAUGAUGAGACAAGGCAGCGAGAGGGACUAAGUAUCGAGCGUCCUCGUUCAGCUCUUCAUAGUGGUGACUUUACACAUGACGAAUCUUCUGAGAAUGCUAGUGCCAUACCAGAUCACCAACAAGCUCAAAGGGGGCAAGAUUUUGAUGGUAUUAGUGAGUCAUGGUUAACUACUCCGCCUCUAAAGCUUGUUACUCGCUUCCCCUUCGAAGGCCAGCAGAUCUCGGCGAGGAGACCAGACGAGACGCACGCAGGUUUUUCUCCUUUAUCUUCUUCUAUUUCUUCAAGCUUCAUCUAUAAGCCGCCUACUAGUCCUUUAGUCCAGUCAGAAAGCAAUGACGAUAUUGAUUUGACGUCCCCUAUGGAUGGCAUUGAUAUCAGUUCAUGCCUUUCUGUAAAUUCGCGCCGGCACACAUUCAUGUCAUCUUAUUCAAAUUCAUACGCUAUCCCCUAUAGUCCGUCACCAAGACAGCUGCCUCCUCUACGCCAAGAGAGAACGUUUCCUUACCAAGCACAUCAACCACGGCGGUCUCUCGCUUCAACUCCUAAUUUCCCCACGGCUGCAUCUUCACCGCAGACCCCUGCUUUCUUCCGGUCAAGACGCCCGUCGUUUAGCUCAGAAAUAUCACCCAUCCAACAUGCUUCUAUGGUAGGGUCUUAUGAAGAAAGUAUCUUACGCGGACGGAUGUCUACAACCCCCUCAAAGCCUCUCGAUUUCUUAGCUCAGAUUGGCGUACUCGGGUUGGGUAAGUGCAAGCCAAGCCUACGAUGUCCGUCCCAUGUGACAUUACCUUUCCCUGCCGUGUUCUAUAGUUAUGCCAACUCCUCUCACGGGCGCUCUAAAGCUGAAGAUGGGCCGAGUCCGUAUGUUGGUCAGAUUGACUUGGAGAAUGGCCUUCCGAAUCAGGAAGAGGAAGCGAGGUCAAAGCGAAAGAUGCAAAGCAGGGUUUUAGACCGAAAGUUGGAAGACGAUAAGACGGAAGUGGGCAACCGUCCCGCAGAGCCAUCGGAGCGUGACCCGCGCAGAGCUCAGCGAUCCAAACGUAGGUCCGGUUCUCCCAGGGCACCACCGGGUGGUAGCUACCGUAUCCCCGAGAAGGGGCAAGUUCAGAUUGUGAUCAAAAACCCCAAUAAAACCGCUGUCAAGCUAUUUCUUGUUCCGUACGAUCUAGCAGGGAUGGAGCCUGGUACAAAGACUUUUAUUCGGCAGCGAAGCUAUUCGGCUGGUCCGAUCAUUGACAAUAUGCCUAAAACGAAAGAUAGCGAGACCACAGACAGGCCGAUUCUUAGGUAUCUCGUCCAUCUGCAUAUAUGUUGUUCCUCGAAAGGUCGGUAUUAUUUGUACAAAAGUAUUAGAGUUGUCUUCGCAAACCGCGUGCCUGAUGGGAAAGAGAAACUUCGAAAUGAGAUUUCUCUACCGGAGCCCAAAUUCACUGGCUACAAGCCGAUCAGAGCUAUGCACCCUCCUAUCUCAGGCGGUUAUGGUCCCGGUGCUAGCCUGGCUGCUGAUAAGGCGUUUAGACGACGUAGCUCCGGAUUCCAUUUCGGCGCUCCCGGUCAAGUGUAUGAUACGACCGGCGGGUUUCCCCCGAGUCAUACGCCGCAUCAACCCUUUGUAUCAGAUUUUGCAGGUCAUAACGCGCCAGUUGAACCGGUACCUCUCAGGCAUAGUGGAAUAAGGAGCAUAGUGGAUGAAGCCAGCAACGCAGGUCCUGCUGACCCCUUGUCGCCAGAUUCAUCCCAGACCAGCCGGCCAACCACGCAAUACUCGAGCGAUGUAUCGAGUUGGGGUGGGCCAGACGCCCAAAUUGACAAAUACAACAAACUUAAUAAGGGUGAUGUAGGCUAUGGGGGCAAUGCAUUUGCUCGCCUGAUUAACGGCAACACUGGUGUUGCCGAGGGCCUACUAUCGCAGCGAUUGCGAUCUCUAGGUGUUGAUGGCCAGAUAGACCAGGAGUCUUCGACAAUAGAGGAAUAGGCCUUUGAUUUAAUUCAUCGUUCUACUCCGGUGUUAGGAUCUGACUAUUAGGAUAUCCUUCAUCGGCUUGUGGAAGGAUUAGCAAGGUCAUAUUAGGAGUACUUGGGCGCUAUUUGGUGUAUGUUACUGCCACGGUGUAGCUAUUUAUCGCCUCGUAGCCAUGGUUGGUUUCUGGUCGGCAUAAUUUAGAUAAAAUACCCUCUGAAGCCUAUUUUCCGGAUGGUUGUAUCUCUAUGAGUUCUAUGACCCUUCUUGCAUAAUCUUUUAGUUACUUCGACGGAGCUUCUCGUGGUGUAAACUUCUUCAUAGUACGAAGGUUGGGGC